AUGGUAGGUGGUCCCGUCUCCCGCCUUCGUCCUCCCCCGUUCCUUCUCGCUCUACCGCACGGGCGGCGCUGCUGCCGGUCUCUUGAUCUGCCCCGAUCCAUCGCUCCGAGAUCCAGCCUUUUGUGGCGGGCCACGUCGUUCUCUCCUCGCCCGUGUCCCCAGAUCCGGCUGUCCCUUUUUCUCUUUGCUGCAAGCGCUAUGGGAUCUGCGAAUGGUGGUGGCCUCGAUUUGUUUAAAGGGUUGAACCUUUGUUUGCUUCAGGAGACCUGCCCGUCGGUGAAGAACAUCCUCUUGCUGGACUCCGAGGGGAAGCGCGUCGCCGUGAAGUACUACAGCGAUGACUGGCCUACUCUCUCCGCGAAGCUGGCCUUCGAGAAGUCGGUCUUUGCGAAAACCCAGAAAGCGAAUGCUGGAACGGAAGCUGAGAUUGUAAUGUUUGAUGGUCAAAUUGUCGUAUACAAGUUCAUCCAAGACCUGCACUUUUUUGUUACUGGAGGAGAAGAGGAGAAUGAGCUUAUUUUAGCAUCAGUUCUUCAGGGAUUCUCUGAUGCUGUCGAACGACUUCUCAAAAACAUGGUUGACAAAAGGACAGCACUCGAGAAUUUGGACCUGAUCCUAUUGUGUCUUGAUGAAAUUGUUGAUGGAGGGAUUGUACUUGAAACAGAAGGAAGAGAGAUAGCUGAAAAGGUGUCUGGUCAUGGAUUGGAGGGUGCUUCAUCAGCUGAGCAGACUCUAGUCAAUGCCCUAACGCAAGCAAGAGAGCAUUUGGCGAAGUCUCUUCUCAUGUGA